GUAUUUCCAGCAGACAAAGAAGGACGCACGUUAAACAAACGGAAAUCAGGAACAUAAUGAAGUUUAGUUGCAGCAAUAAACGUUUCUUUUAGAUUUCACCUGUUUUUUCCUGACAGUUAACGAUGGAGCUGCAGUGGGAUGAUGACCCAGUCCCAGACGGUCCGUUCUUUACCAGAGAUCUCUAUGACAAAUAUUCACUCUCACCACACAUCAGGGAACUUUGGACCUUUCUUCAAAGUCCUGCAGAAAAUAGCGACAUAAAGCAAAGGUGUGAGAAGGCUGCUGCAGACCACAGCACUCCUCCCCUAAAAGAUGCUGCCAAGGAAAAAGAGAGCGGUUGCUUCGGUAGCCAAGCAUCUGGUGGAGAGAGCUGUCAUACUGAUGAUCCGUCUGCUGGCAAUGAUGCUGAGGAACCAAAAAACAGCAAGAGAAGCAAAAACUCUAAAGGAAAGCCUGACAAGGAGGUGGAUGUUGCAUAUCCUGAACCCAGGCUGCCUUAUCCCUGCAUGUCCAGCCUGACCUGCAAAGACCAGAAAACUUAUUUGGGUUAUUUGAUGAGUAAGAAGACCAGGGGUCCUCCAAAGAACCUCACAGUGCGAAUAAACAAUGAAGUGAUGCAGUUCAUGAUGUACCUGCAGGACGUUGCUAAAAUAUGCGCUGAAGACUACAACUUCAUAACACAGGGAGCAAUGCAGUAUACAGAGGAGUUCUUUCAGGCAUGUUUAGAGUCUGUUAAGGCACUUCCUCAGUUCUACCAGAUCCAUGAAAUGACCAGUUUGACAGGAGGAACAUUUAAUCCAGGACUGGCGCUGACAUUUGAGAAACAGCUGCUGGCGAUGGGCACCGUGAGUCUAACCGACCACAAGAUGGUGCCUGCUGAUGCUCAGCUUGCAUCCGAUUAUCCCAGUGUUUCAUCAGCAAAUCCUCCAGCUAAGAAAGCCAAGGAUAAGCAUGCUAUGAUCAGUAGCGAUGGGAAUGCAGAAAAACUUUGUUCUUAUUAUGAACCUCAUGUUUGCCUGACCCGGGAUGCCUUGCUUAGACUGCUGGACAACCACGGCCCCGACUUUGGCGACCAUUGGGAGCUUCCUGUUAUGGUCAAGGUAACUGCAGGCAAAGGUAGCAAUAAAAGGAAGACUCUGUAUGUAGACUCACCUCUGCUGAAACAGGAGGUGACAAUAAGAGAGAGGAGUCAGAUCUAUCAUGAGGAAAGUUUGAAGCUCUCCAUCUUAACAAAUGGAAGUAAGAAAAUCUUCCAUUUAAUGACUGAGCGACCUGCAGAUGAGCACCAGCUGUCCCAGGAAACGUCUGUGAGAGGCUCCAUGUCUGUGGAAAACAAGGGCCUUGACUUUGAGGUGGACCUGACUGACUUGGAGACUUUUGGGGAAAUUACAAUUAAAGCCCCUAUAAAAGAGAAAAAGAGGCAGCAGGAUGAAGGGGUUCAAAGUAAUAAGCCUACAAGUACCCCAGAUAGGACCAAGUCAAACCUUUCCAGUGAUUGUCUUAAAGCCAGCCGCAGUUCACAGGAGGAGAUUAACACCGUUUCAAAAACCACAGAGAACCUCAGAACAGAAACAAGUCAUCAGUCUGUGAGUGAGGCUGAGAUGCCAAAAACCAAAUCAACAGGUUCUCAACAAAUAUUGGAUGACCAGCCAGAAUUCAUGGCUGAUUCAGAUGAUGAGAAGCUGAUCAUUGAUGAUAGUGGCUCUGUAUUAGCUUCUCCAACAAACCAGUUAAAGCCCCUUAAUAUAGAAAGCUCUACAGACCCCCUAAUUACAUCUCCUGUUAAGCCCACCCUUGAAAUGAUAGGCUACUCUCCGCCUUCUAAGAGGACAAGGUCUAAACGAACCACCAUACAAGCAAAAGCACCUGGGGAUCAGCUGGGCGAGAUCCUGCGCAUGCAAACAGCCAUGUUCAAAUCCGGCAAUGAAACGACUACUCCUAUUAAGUCCCCCAGCCGCUGUGUGGAGCCCCAGCUGAACACACACCAAACAUCCCUGGUUAAACCAUGUGUGUCCUCGUAUUUGAAGAGACAACAGAAUGAGGAUGGCGAGUUUCCUAUGGUUCCUUCUGAGUCUGCAUCUGCUAACAUCCCUACAGAGCACAAAAAAAUACUUUCAGAAAACCUUCAGUCUUGUGCAGAAGAUGAACAAGACUAUGAGGCUCCAGUGGAGGGGAAUCUGCUGUACAAGCUCUACAGUCUACAAGACCUCUUGGUGAUGGUGCGCAGCUCUGUGUCUCUGACCCAUUCAAGAAAUGUGGCCAACAUCCAGAACCAGUUUGUGCCGGUGCAUGUUUUACCCAAGUUGGAGUACCAGCUCUCUUACGGUGUUGAAUACCUCACCAGCAGCGAGGCGUGUCAGCUGUGGACAGAGACAGCGCUUCACUCCAGCACAGUUUCUUACAUUGCUCACAUCAAUGCACACACAUCAAAAGUUGCUCUGCUGAGAAAGCUGCCUGACGACUGGAUGCAGAACAUCUCCUGCGGGUUCAAACCAUCCAAAUCCCUGAAUAUUCUGCACCACCUCUUGAAAAAGUUAACUGGGUUGGACGAAGGUCAGUACCUGGUUGUGCACAAAGCAAGAGAACCAUUUGUGACUCUGCUAAAAGCAACCUGUCAAAAAGGGAAUCAAGGAGCUUACAACCUGCAACAGGCCCACAGCUCUGUUCCCCAGCCACCAAGUUUGUGUUAUCUGCCUUGGAUACCUGUUGAUCCAGCUGUGGUGCUUCCAUUCCACCAGCAACAUGGCAGAGUUCCCUGUACAUUUCCUCCAAAAACAUUUCAAAAGACAGAUGGAGUUAAUGACAAUAGAGCGGGUCAGAAGAAGAACCCAAAUGCCCAGAAGAAGGGAAAGAAAAAAAAACCUUCAGCCAAAUAUAAGCGAUAUAACAAGAAGCAAGUCCAGAAGUCUGUUUAAAAUCUGUUGUCAUGUAAA